GUGGAAUCGGUGCUAAAGACAACGGUUGCCGCCCUAGUCGAGCUCAACACCGUUAAGAACCUGGUGGGGUCGGCCAUGGCGGGCGCGGUGGGCGGCAGCAACGCGCACGCGAGCAACAUCGUCACGGCGGUCUUCCUGGCGACGGGGCAGGACCCCGCUCAGAACGUGGAGAGCUCGCAGUGCCUCACGCUGCUGGAAUCUGCUAAUGAUGGGGCUGACCUGCACGCGUCGGUGACCCUGCCCGCGAUUGAAGUGGGCACUGUUGGGGGAGGAACGUUCCUCGCACCGCAGGCGGCCGCCCUCGCUCUGCUGGGAGUGAAGGGGGCGCACAAGACACAGCCAGGAGCGAACGCGCAGCAGCUGGCGCGGGUGGUGGCGGCAGCAGUGCUGGCGGGGGAACUCUCGCUCUGCUCCGCCCUCGCCUCUGCUGAGCUGACUGGUGCUGCUACUGCUGGCGGUGCUGCUGCUGGUCCCUCUGCGGGUGCGGCUGUGUUCAGGCCUGUGGCGAGUGAGUUGGACUGCAGUGAGUGGGUCUAG